AUGGCAGCAAAUACCGCCCAUUGGUUCCCAGACGACCCAGUAUUCAUCAGAUUACUAGCUGCGAGUGCUAGAUACCCAGAGUCGGAAGCCAUUGUUCAUGAAAAGGAUGGCCGCGAGAAGACGUACCCAGAAUUGCUUAGCGACAUUGUACAUACACGCGACCUUCUCCGCGAACAGUUAUCAGGAUUUGAUCAACAAGGCAUCCUACGUGACCACCAAGUGUACAUUGCGGUAGUUUCAUGUAGUGUCUACGAGUUUAUAAUUGCUUUCUUCGCAGUCCGCGCGAUCGGUGGUAUCAGCGUUAUCUUGCCAUCUGGCAUUCGUCCAGAUGAGGCCAGCCUUAUGCUGAAAGUCAGACCAGCUUGUAUCCUUGCUGGCAGCGGGUCUUCAGAUACAGCCGCAGCCAUAUGCAGCAUCAUAAAGAACGAGAAUAAGUCACAUGAUCUCUUCUUGAUUAAAAUAUCGUCCGGCGCAAGGCCUUUGGGUGAAGCUAUUCAACUCAAAAUAAACUAUGCACUGAAAAUCGACUCAAAGCGACCGGGCGCGGUGUUGUUUACUUCAGGCACCUCUGGUCCUCCCAAGGGCGUGGUUCUCCCAAGAGCAUCUUUCCAUUUCGGCGGCAAUCCCGCUGAACCUGGCAGUGCUACUCUCGGUUACAAAGGAGUCCAUUGGUGGACUGGCUGUAGGAAAGCACUGGAACCCAUGUUGUCUGGCAAGAAGCUCUAUCAUAUUGGAGAAACAGCCAGUGCACAAGAAAUUCUAGAGGCGCUUCGAACAUACCACGUUACCACGGUAGGCUGUUUCAAGGGGCUAUCCGCAAUCUAUUGUGGCGGUGCAACUUUUGAGCAGUCCAAGUUCCAGUUCUGGAUCGAGCUCACAGGGUUGCCAUUCUAUAUCGUUUAUGGGGCAAAUGAGCUAGGAGGUCGUGCCAUUGGUGGUGUGUCGGAUAAAGAGGGUUUAAUAGGACGUGCCGUCUCUGACACUAUAGUAAAAUUGUCAGAAGAGGAUCAUGGUGAAAUUCUCGCGAAAAGCCCGAGAAUGCUACUAGGUUACUUUGGUGAUGAUGAGCUUACUAAAGCUGCCUUUGAUAACGAAGGAUACUACAAAACGGGGGACCUCGCCGAGCUUAGGGAUGGCCAAUACUGGUUUCGCGGCCGAGCUUCUAGUGAUUGUAGGUCUGGUUUACUUAUGAGUUUCUCCAAGUCCCUCAAUGUGCCGGUCGACAAGUCUAAUACGCUUUGUAUGCUUAGCCCCGUUCAUGCUGCCUACCGUCCUAACUGUCUUAAGGGAGGGACAGCAGCUUCCAAGGACGCAUUCAGACAAGAUUAUGAAAAGAAACGUUUUGAGAGACUGCUUAGGGGUAACAGAGUGGUUCUCGGCUGA